AUGGGUCUUACUUGCGGAGACAUCCCGAAGUUCAUCUGCGCUCUCAUUUUCCCGCCAAUCGGAGUGCUCAUCGAGACCGGAUGCGACAAACAUCUCGUCAUCUGCAUCUUGCUCACUCUUCUCGGAUACCUUCCAGGAAUUAUCUACGCGUGCUACGUCAUCAUUGACAAGUAA